ACUUUUUGGUUGCUCACUGUAUUGCACAUGAAUGGAGAAAAAGGAAAUACGACCAUGACGAAAUAAUCGGUUUAUAUUAGGACGUGUUUAGAAAAUAACACGCCGAUUAUAUUUUUAGAACCGGUUUGCGAGUGGUUUAAUUGUCGGUGCAGUUGACUGUUACAGGUGAUAGCGAGACUUAAAGCGAGUCAGCUAGCUUGGGUUAUUGAUUCACUGAGCCGCCGCGGUUCCUCUGUAUCACUGUACAUAUCUCUAAAUAAUAAACAGAAAUAAACAACAUAAACAAAAAAAAAAAAAAAAUAAUCAUGUUGAAGGAAAUCCUCGACCUGCCCCUGGAGGAUAAAAUCUUCUAUGCCGUCUUGGUGUUUUCAUGGACGGUGUAUCUCUGGGAGGCCUACCUCUCCCACAGACAGAGGAGGAUCUACAGGUCGGCCAUGCAUGUGCCUGCCGAGCUGGGGAAGAUUAUGGACCCUGAGACAUUUGAGAAGUCACGUCUCUACCAGCUGGACAAGAGUAACUUCGGGUUCUGGUCUGGACUUUACUCUGAGACAGAGGGAACGCUUAUCCUGCUGUUUGGAGGCAUCCCGUUUCUCUGGAAGAUCUCAGGAAGCCUGACUGGGCGCUUCGGCCUCGGCCCGGAGUACGAGAUCUCCCAUUCAUUGGCCUUCUUGUUGCUGGCGACAUUGUUUAGCGCGGUCACAGGUCUGCCCUGGAGUCUCUACAGCACCUUCGUCAUCGAGGAGAAGCAUGGCUUUAACCAGCAGACAAUAGGCUUCUUCCUGAAAGAUGCCCUAAAGAAGUUCAUAGUGACUCAGUGCAUUCUGCUGCCUGUGACCUCGUUGCUCCUUUACAUCAUAAAGAUCGGCGGAGAUUAUUUCUUUAUCUACGCCUGGCUCUUCACACUCGUCGUCUCUCUGAUUCUGGUGACCAUCUACGCUGACUACAUCGCCCCGCUGUUUGAUAAGUUCACCCCGCUGCCAGAAGGAGAGCUGAAGACGGACAUCGAAAGCAUGGCCAAGUCCAUCAGCUUCCCACUCACCAAGAUCUAUGUGGUAGAAGGCUCUAAAAGAUCCUCACACAGCAACGCCUACUUCUACGGUUUCUUCAAGAACAAGCGCAUUGUUCUGUUUGACACGCUGUUGGAAGAUUACUCACCUCUGAACAAGAAAACCGAUGGAGACUCCACGUCCGAACAGGAGGAGACGGUAGAAGAGACCAAGCUUCAACCUAAACACAAGAAGCAAGGCUGCAGUAACUCUGAGGUUCUGGCGGUUCUUGGCCAUGAAUUGGGACACUGGAAACUGGGCCACACUGUGAAGCACAUCAUCAUUAGCCAGGUGAACUCCUUUCUCUGCUUUUUCCUGUUCGCUGCUCUGAUUGGCCGGAAAGAGCUCUUCAUGGCCUUUGGCUUCUACGAUAGCCAGCCGACUCUCAUCGGGCUCCUGAUCAUCUUCCAGUUCAUCUUCUCCCCAUACAAUGAGCUCCUGACGUUCUGCCUGACUGUGCUGAGUCGCAGAUUUGAGUUCCAAGCAGACGCGUUCGCAAGAGCCAUGGGCCGAUCGACUGAGCUCUGCUCGGCCCUCAUCAAGCUAAACAAAGACAACCUGGGCUUCCCGGUGGCAGAUUGGCUCUUCUCGAUGUGGCACUAUUCCCACCCUCCACUGCUGGAGCGGCUCAGGGCCAUCAAAGAUGCAAAUAAACAAGACUGACAGCUCCACCAGAGGGCGCCACAUUCACCAUCCGCGCCUCACAGAAAGGGCCUGCGUUGGCCACUUCUGGCUGUCUGAAGAAAGUAUCUCUCUCUCUUAAUAGUUGUCUUCUGGGUCCUUAACUUUUGACGUUUUGUUUCACAAAUUUUGUAAUCUGUUGACUUUAACUGGACUUGUGUAUAAUCAUAAGCAAUGGAAGAAAGAGGACUCGAUACGGUUCAUACUUUUUAAAAUUAUGACAUGUUCUCUUUUUCUUAAAUUGCAUCCAAACAUUAAUUAUUUUAUUUUCCACAUCCUAGCUGAUGGGUGGAAACCUAUGAUGUGUAUGUCAGGAAGAAAAAAAAACCUGCAGGCAGUUUGAAGUUCCAGUGGAGUUAUGAGAUUUUGUCACAAGCUCUUGAUAAUUUUCUUUGAUUAAAUAUUUGUAAAUCCCACAGGCAGACAUAAAGGGGAACUAAAAUCUUUAAGAUGUAAAAAAAAAGACCAAAUAGGGACAUGCAAGGUUUCCACCCAGCAGUGAUGAUUUCCUUGAUAUUAUAGGCUUGAUUUAUAAUUUUUUCCCCAGAGAGAGAAAGCAUGAGGGUAAAGUACCUCGUUUAACCUCAUCAUUGAUGAGGAA